AUGAGUGACCGGUGGUCACCCAACAUCAAGGAGGUUCCGGUGCUGAAGAUCGGCGAUCAAGAGGCGCAACUGUAUCAAGCUGCCUUCGCCACGUUUGGUGGGUCUAUGGGCGUGCGCCAAUUGCGCGACGACGAAGAGAGCUGGUAUGACCAGAUCAAGGGCAAUUUUAUGUAUCCGGUUGAUGGUGCCUUUGCUUCGCCGCCAACCACGACUGAAGGUGUGUUGCGCGACCUAGGGAUUGACCCAGAAGAGAAGAAGAAGAAACCCCUGAAGAAGAAGAAGACAAAGGUGGACUCUGAAGUGACCAACAAGGGGACUGGCACUAGUCGCGCAACCGCUGUUGCUGUUAAAGGUACUCUUCGCCUUCGACAACGUGACUUAGACGAUUAUGUGAUGAUCAGUGACUCACUUGAAGGCUUAUCGCGCACAGCUGAGACAAAAACUGGAGCGGGUGGCUCAAAAAGCUCUGGGAGCGCGGGUUCUCGUAACCCUGAUGCUGGCGCAACCCCCUCUGUGCCUGAAGAUGAGGAGGCUGAAGAAGAAGAUGCUGCUGCUCAGUUGAUUGGCAGGAAAAGGGGUAGAAGCGAGGCCACGGCUGGUAUGGUUUCCGCGCCUACUGCUGGUGGAAUUCCGUUGGUUGGGAAAACGAGCAACCUGCGCUCGUUGUAUAGGUUUUCUCCUGAGAUCAAGAAGAAGACCCCUGAGAAGGGUGUCAAGUUCAAUGAGCCAGGGUCGAAGAGGCCGAAGAUUACCAUCAAGUCUUCUGAUACUGCUGCUCAGGACGCUGCGAAGGCUGCCGAGGCGCAGCGAAAGGCACAGGAGAAUCAGAAGAGAGAAGAAGAAUGGAAAAAGAAAAUUGAGGAGGAGAAGAGGAGGAAAGAUGAAGAAGAGAGAAAGAAGAAGGCGGAGGAGGAGAAGGCAGCCGAAGAGGCGAAGAAGAGGGCCUUGGAGAAGGAGCUGGAACAGAAGAAGGCUAUGGAUCAGCCUGUCAAUGUUCAGGGGCCUGAGGUCGCCAAACCUACCCACUCCGCGCAUGCCGAGACCCAUGAUCGAUCCAAGAUCACUACUUCUAAGGGGUCGGGUCGGUAUACCUCUAGCGGCGCGAGCUCUGGUGGAGCUGAGGGUUAUAACCCAAACGUGAUUGGGGCGAAGGACACUGUUGGUGACAUAUAUUACAAAACUUAUACCGAAGAAGAACGCGGUGACGCCCCUCACCGAGCUCCCUGGAGCUUGAAGCAAAAGGAUACCUUUCAGGAAUUCGGCCCUUGCCGCGAGUGGUUCUUGAACUCGUUCACCCCUGCAGAGGUUAACCGGCAAAGGGCGAAACCUCAUGAAUUGUUGUAUCGAACCUUUGUGCUUGGAGAGGCCAAUGCUCGCGCUGCCAAUUAUCAGAUAGUUCGCGAGUGGCGAACGAUGGUUAGGGAGCGAGCAGACUGGGAGGGUUAUCGCGAGCGCAUGAUAAAGCGCAUUGCUGAUUUUGACAAAUCGAAAGCUGCCUUCGAUGAGGAGAAGGCCAAAUUUGAUGCUGAUAAGAAGGCCGAAGAAUGGGGGCGCGAGGGCCUAAAAAAUAAACUCCAAAAUGCUGAACAGCAACUGGCCAAGGAGAAGGCCGAGUUCAAGCGCAUUUGUGCCCAGGAUAACGAGCGCGCCUACGCGGCUCGGCGGAAGAUUGUUGAUCUCGAAACGAAGAUUGCUGAGUUAACAUCGAAGGUUGAAGAGGCGCAUGGUGAGAAGGCUGCCAAGCAGCAGAUGGAGGUUGAGUUGUCUGAGGCGAAGGUGCAGUUGUCCCGCAAGGAUAGAGAUCUCCAAGCUAAGGACAUUGAGAUUGCUGAGCUCAAACGUCGCUUGAAUGAGCAGAUUGACAAAUGUGAGUCUUUGGAGAUCGACCUGGGGGCUGAGAAGGUUGCCAACUCUAUUCUUAAUGCUAGCGAACUAGAUCGCGCCGUUGCUGCUCUCACAGAUGCCGCGCGCGCGGUGGGUCAUCGAGGGGGCUAUCUGGAAUGUGCCAGUCAUGUUGAGCAGAUGCUUGGUCAAGAAUUUGAUGUGAGCCAUUGCUCGGUGACUGAACAGGCUGAUGCCGCGCUUGCACAUGCUGAAAAUUCAUAUGACAACCUUACUUUGCCUGUUAUGGAUCUGGUUGUGGAAGCUUUGAAGAAAGACGACUGGUGCCAACGUCUUAAAACAAUUCUCGAUCCACCAGUUACCGUUGAAUUGUCCGAUGAAGAGCCAGCUGGUGAUGACGGUGAAGAUGGUGAUGAUGAUGCCGACGUAGGAAAGUAA